AUGCAUACACCCACCGCUCUGGUAACGGUGGUCCUUGCCACGAUUAUCAGUGCUCUUGACUCUGUCAGCUGCGGUAUCACUGACUCUGGCCGCGUUGAUAUCACCGUGGGUUCUGGUAAAGUUCCUAAUCACCUUCAAGCAAUCGCUGGAGCCACGCAGUUUGGCGUUCAUCCUACCUAUGGUGAUCUUCAAGCAUCAGUGUCAACUACCUGCGAUGAAGAAGCCGACAAAUCUCUUUACGUGACACCUCAUCUUUUAUACAAGCACGUUAAUGGAGCCAUCGAGAACGUUGCCAGUGACGGCUUCAAAGUCUCGUAUGGGAAAGAUGUACAAAACGUCAAACCAUUCCCUCCUGGCUUUCGUAUGGUGACUGGCAACCCAUUCGCUCGCUCUAGCAGCAUAAAGACAUGUCAUCACGAGGACAACUCCGUUGAAGAUAUCACCUUCACCUGUCUCAACAGCAAUUUGGCUUCUGGAUCUCUGAAUUUCACUGACUGUACCAACACUCUUCGCAUCCAGGCGAAAUUUCAGUCUUGCUGGAACGGCAAGGAUGUUUUCAAAGCAGAUAAUUCCCACGUCGCAUACAAAUCUGGCAACGCAUGUCCCUCAAGUUAUCCAGUUCAACUCAUGCAAAUCACUCUCGAAAUGAGCUACACUCUGAACACUAUCGUGAAAGACGGCGGUCACUUCAUGUUCGCACAUGGUGAUGAUACUGGCUUCGGCUUUUACGGAAGCUUUAUCAACGGAUGGGCUUCAGAAGGCGAGCAACUCAACGGGAUGUCUCAAUCGAGCGAACGUGAGGACCACGCCGUCUCCACGAAAGGCGUUGGCUCGCAAGCGGUCCUUGCUAAAGCCAUCGUUGCUCGAGCUGUUCUCCCUGUGGAUGACGAUCCAAAAAUCAUAGGCUUCUUUCCAGGACUGACCUAUGUUUUCGACGGCUGCUGGCACGAGGGAACAUCUGGUCGUACGCUUGACGGCCCUUCAUACCUGGACGUAGACGGUAUGACUGCAGAUGACUGCAUUCGCUUCUGCUCCGGGCACGGUCUUCCACACGCAGGCGUGGAAUAUGGCCAGGAAUGCCACUGUGGAUCUGGUUUCGUGAAUGGAGGCUAUAAGAGCCCGAAGCACCCAGGGUUGAAUCUAUUCAACCACCCCAAGCACCCAUACAAGUCGACUGCCGCUGCCCUAAGAAGAUUUGAAGGCAGGGACCCGCCGGCGGUACCGAGAAGUCAAUUGGAAGGUGAUAUCCCCGGGGCCAGCUUUAGCGGCGCUGUUCCCCGAAUCAGGCGAGUCAUGCAGAGCACGAGCCAGGAGGCUAGGUUUAGUCAAUAUUGUCGGAUAUUGCUGGACUUGAUCAUCUCACCCUCACUUGUGGCAGACUUGUAA